AUGUUGAGUAAAUUCAGAAAGAAAACCAUUGCAUCGACUUCGUCGAAUCACAACACGAACCUCGACAAUAUUCCAAGUGCGAGUGGUGUGAUCAAAGAUUUAGGAAAUGUGGAGCCAUCUGUGGGUGUUUGGAAAGAUGUGAGCGGAGCACAAUUAAAUUCCAUACAACGAUCCAAAUCCAUUCAUCGAAUUCAAGCUCUCACUGAUAAGGAAUCUGAACGUUACUACAUUAAUCAACUCAAUACGGCACCUUCCGUUGAAAUUGUUGAAGAAUUACUGAACUGCAUCAAAAGAAAACCCUCUCAAUUUUCCUCUAAUUUCUGCAAUCAAUAUGGACUCUUUUCAUUGAAUACAUUUCUACUCAAGAAUAUCAUGAGUGUCUUUCAGAAAAAAACAACAAGACUCUCAUUGGAACGAAGUAAACAACAAGAAAAUACUCGACUCACUGAACAACAAGAAUCUGUCUAUGAUGUUAUUUACAAAUGUAUUGAAUGUAUGAAGGAGUUGAGUGAGAGAGUGAAUUUCAAUUUAUUUAAAGAUAAUUUGGAUGUGGUCAAGUCGAUCUCACUUGUUUUGGGAAGUUCAUUUUUCACUCGAGAGAAUCGAGUGCACAUUCCCAUAUUGAAAUGUCAAUUAUUAGUAUUGAAUAUAUUUACUUGUCAUUUACAAAGAGAGAUUAAUGACAUUACCAAUCAAGUAGUUCUUCGAGGCAUGAAUCACGUAUGCAGUGUCUAUCAAGAAAGUACUCGAUUUUCACAUUUAAUGUCUGCAUUUCGAAAAUGUUGCAUUCUUCUUCGAUCUGCUUCUCUCAAUACAUUUUCUUCUUCUUCUUCACCUCGUACCAGUAAUGCAAGUAGUAGUCAUCCCUAUUCAAAUACUACUACAAAUACUACUACAAAUACUACAACCACCACCACUACUCUCAAAGAAGACAUUCCUUAUUGUGAAAAAUUUAUCAUUCAAUUUUUACAAUUUACAAAAUCCCUACUCGAUUCAGCCUCUUCUCGACGUCAACAUCAAUCCGAAGAAAAUGGUGAAUUUCUAGUGAGAGAUUCUUUCGAUGAUCAUCCUCCAUCAUCCAUGUCGACAACAACGACCAUGACCAUGACGACAACAACAAUGAAUGGUAGUAGUAGUAGUAGUUGCAAUAUCGUCCAUCAUCAUGAAAUUUCUUCAUCGUAUCAAAUCUCUCAAGAAUUUAUUCAUUUAGGUCUUUUAGAUGCUUUAAAAAUUAUUCAACAAAUUGAACACUUGUUGAGUGAAGAUGUGAAAUUAGCCAUUCAAUCACUGCUCUCAUCCGAUGCCAUUGAAAAGGAAGAUCGAGAUGAUAUGACCAAAUAUGAAUAUAUGAGUCGACUCUUGAACAAGUUAUAUUCAAAAUUACAACAAAAUGAUACCUUUUCACACAUGAUUCAUAUUUUGGAGAAUUUAUUGGCCAUUUCAACUCUUGUCAUGAAUCAUCAGCCUCUUCAUGGUUCCACUAUUACAACCACAACCACAACAACCCCAACCCCAAGCACUACAACCACUACAACAUUCAUGAAUGGAUUGGAUCGAAAAUUAAUUCAAAAAAAUUGGCAAUUAUUAGAGAAAAUUAUUGAAUCGAGUUUAACACCACCAUGGAAUCAAUCGAGUCCAUCGAGUCAUGGUAUUCUUCUGAUGAGUGGAGUGAGUAGUUCAAGUUCAGAUCAUCACUCUCAAGCCACAACAACUCAACGUCGAGUCGAAGAUAAAUUCCUCACUCAACAAGAACAAAUUAGUUCCUUGCAAACCAUUAUACGAAAAUUAGAGAAAGAAAUGUUGCUGCAACACGAGAAAUUGAGUCAUGCUUUGCAACCGUCGUCGUCGUCGUCGACUCUUUCACAACAGAAUGCCAUUUCCUCGUCGUCGUUGUCGUCAUGUUCGUCAUGCUCGUCGUCGUCAUCAUUGGAAUAUGAAACCAACACGACCACGUGUCCUACUAAGGCCAUGAGUGCGACUCGCUCGAGUUCGAAUCAUUCACUCGUAUCCUCCUCGUGCUGCCAAGAUUCCUCCUCGACAACGACAACAACUCAUGAAGAAGAUUUGGAAAGUUUCAAAUUGGAUGAAUCCAUUAUGAAUGAUCAUUCCACUACUACUACUAGCGGUAAUCCUAUGAAAUUUGUACAACCUUCUGCUACUACUACUACAACCAUCACCACUUCAUCAUCAUCACCCACUCCUUCAUCAUCCCUCUCAUCACCACUCAUGAAACAUUCUAGUCCUUCGUCCUUGACCAAUUCCCCUCGAAAAAUGCUACUGAAAUCGAGAAUUGAUCCUGCGGCCAUUCCGUCGGAUACUGAAAUACCAAAACUACAACACAUUUCGAGUACAACAUCAUCACCAAUCAUCGAUGCACAACAUCCUUCUACUACUACUGCAACUACUACUGCAACAACAACAACUCCUAGAAAAUCCUCUUCUUCAUCCAUAUUCACAGAUCCAUCUCUAGUUCGAAAAUUACACUUUAUUCGACUGGAUGCAACCAUUGAUGCUUCAACCUUCCAAAAAACCAUGUUUUUCACCAAUCAAAUUCCUAAAAAUCCAAUUCCACUCAAUUCCAAAGAAGUGAUCUAUCUCUUUUCUGGAAGACAAAUUCCACUCAAAGCUAGAACUCAUGUUUUUGAUUUCUCAGAUAACACGGACAGUGCUCAUGUUUCAUUCAUUCAACCCAAACGCAUGCAAUACGUUCUCUUUCAUUUGGAAAGUAUCAAAUUAUCGACACAAGAAAUCAAACAAGGAAUUCUCAAUUUUGAUCGUUCCAUGAUCAAUGAUCGAACAUUACGAAUUUUAGAAUUAAUUGCACCCAAACAAGAAGAAGUUGAUGUGAUUCGAACUUUUGAAGGAGAUGUCAUUAGUUUAUCUCCUGUGGAUCAAUUUUAUUAUCAUUUGAAAGAUAUUCCUUAUUUGAAAGAGAGAUUACAAUGUUGGAUAUUUAAGAAUGAAUAUGAACAAUCAUUGAAUGAUUUAUUGAGUAGUAUUGAAACAUGUACCAAAGCAGCACGAGAAGUUGUUUCUUCCCAAAAAUGGAAAACUAUUUUAGGAGUCAUUUGGAGUGUUGGAAAUUUAUUGAAUCGAGCAGCAGGAGAUGUUGUCGAAUGUCAAGGAUUUAAAAUGAAUUCUCUAUUGAAAUUGAAAGAUUUAAAAUCUUAUAAUAACAAGACUCUAUUGGAAUACAUUUCAGAAUAUUUAUUGAUCAAGAACGGAGAAUUAAUGAAUUUUGAAAAUGAUUUAUUACAUGUUCCUUUGGCGACUCAGAUCCAAACCAUUCCUAUUCGAGAUCGAAUCCAUGAAUUUGUACAUGUAUUUGAUCAAAUCAAAAGUUUAUUAUUGGUACAACAAUCAUUAGGAAAAUCCUCAAGUGUUGUUAGUGCUACUACUAGUGCUACUACUAGUGCUACUAUUGCUACUACUAGUGCUACUAGUGCUACUAUUACUAGUACUAUUGCUACUAGUGCUACUAUUACUAGUACUAUUGCUACCACUAGAAACUCGAUGGUUGAUGAAUCUCUCCAUGAGAUGGAUGCAUGUUCGAUGGAAUUUACACCCUUUGUUGAAACUCUGAAACAAGAUUUGGAACAUGUGCAUGGUAAAAUGGAUAUCAUGAUGACACAAUUAGAACAUUUAGCAAACCUGUAUGGUGAAGAUGUUGAAAUGAUGAAAUUGAGACCACAUGUCUUUUUCACAACCAUUCAUCAAUUUACAAAAAUGUUUAAAAAUCCAAAUCAAAUCAAACAAGUGGAAGAUGAAAUUGAGAGAAGAGAUUCCUAUCAGAGUUGUUCAUUUUCAAAUUUAGAUUCUUACUUGAAUUCUUCUUCAAUAACAAGCACUACCACACGUGAUUCGAAUCAUCAUCAUCAUCAUACCACACCUUCCACCCAUUCCCAAAAUAGUCAUUUACAAAAAACAAAUACUCGAGUAUCCAUUCAUCCUCCAUCUCAAAAAUCAGCAAGUGCUCAUCAAUUAUUGAGUCAUUCGAAUCAAGAUUCUUCAAAGAAUGUAUCAUUGACACGAAAAGGUUCACGAUUGGUCAUGAAUGCUAAAUUAUUAGAUUUAAAUGCUCCAUUGAGUGAAUGGGUUCAACAACAACAGCAACAUCAUUCGAGUCAUACACUAACGACGACCCAUUCCAAUACUACUCCAACAAUGGAUUCUCUAUUCAACCCUGCUACUACUACUACUACUACAAGUAAUAGUCCUAUGAAUCACCCUCAUCAUCAUCCUUUAGAAAUGACUACCCCUUCUUCGACUUCAACAACACUGAAAAAAACUCGAUCUCUCAAAUCUCUUUUAAAAGAUCGAAAAAUUUCUCAACUCUUCAUUCCACCUCAACAAGAUAUUAAAAACAAAUCGAAUAUAGAGUCUCUUGGUGCUUUGGAACAUGUAUCCGAUGGAGCAAGUGGUGGUGUUGCAACUCAUCAUAUUUCCGAACAAUACAUCAAGACUGAAAAGGCUCUCAAUACCAUUCUUGCUGAAUAUGGAGUGACUCGAGAAAUGAUUUCUCUCAAGACAGAUGAAUUAGAGUUGGAAUUUGGACCACAAAUUCUCUACAUGAUCAACAACAACAACAACAAUACCACUACAAGUUCAGGGACCACUACGGAUUCCAAGUACUUGGAAUAUCAUGCCUAUUUGUUUAAUCAUGCAUUAUUUUUAGGAUUAACAAAAUCACAACAUGGUCAACCACAACAACAAGCAUGGUUCCAUACAACACAUCACACCAAUUUGAAUUCACCAAAAGCAUCUUCUCAACAAUUAUAUAAUUUUAAUACUACUUUUAUGGAUCCUAUUGAUUUAACAGAAUCGACAGAUAUUCCAUCUCCAAAACCCUCCUCUGCAUUGAAUCCAUCUUUGAAUGUCAUUCCACUUUACAAAAUUAUUCAAUUUGAUGAAAUGACCAUUCGUGCCAUUAUUAAUUCACAAGAAUAUCAAAAUGCAUUUUGUAUUCAAAACUUUAAGGGUGAUGUUGGUGAAAUAUUUAUAGCAGCUGAUAAAUAUUCACGUGAGAUUUGGAUUGAUCGAAUUCGAAAAUUGAUUGAACCUCCAUUCUUUUCAGAUCUUUGGACGAAACGAAUCAAUGAAGAAAUUCAACAACAUUUAAAUGAAUCAACAUUGACAACAAUUGAUAUGAAUAUAACAAAUUCAACAACUAAUAUGAAUAUAACAAAUUCAACAAAUUCAACUCAUCGAGAAUUAGAAGAAUUGAAAUGUACUAAUACUACUAAUACUACUACUACUACCAAUAAUAUGAAUCCUAUUACUACUACUUCCGUAAUAGAAGAAACAUCGAUUCAAUCGUAUUAUAUCAUUCCCAUCUCUGAAUUAAAACCUUUCAAAGAAAUUCCAAAUACUGAAGAAUUUGUAGAAUUCAAAGGAAGUACUCGUGAAAUUUAUUUUGCAACUCUUGAAAAAUUAUUUCAAUAUUUAACAGAUCCUAUUGAACAUGAUAAUAAUUUUUUAUUUACAUUCAUGUUGACUUAUAAAUCAUUUACAACCUCAGAACAAUUAUUAGAAUAUUUAAUAGAAAGAUAUAAUACACCACCACCACCACCACUACCUUCAUCUCUCUCUAAUGAUUCUAUCAUGAACGAUGGGUUAGAAUCUUCUAUAAAUAGUCUCGAAUGGAAGAAACAAUUAUUUGCGAUUCGAUUAAGAAUUUGUCAAAUCAUCAUGUAUUGGAUUGAAAAACAUUUUUAUAAUUUUAGAAGAGAUCCUGAACUUCAAAAACGAAUGGAUUACUUUAUUAGGGAAGUUUUACCACGAACGAAAAUGCAAAAAGCUGGUGAACGUAUUUUAAAUACUUGGGAAGUGAGAAAGGCACAACGAGAGACCUUUUCAUUACAACAAAUUCAAAGACAACAAUUACAAAUUGAAUUAUUGAGAAAACAAAUUGAUCGAACUCUAUUGGAGAAUCAUUCAUUGAGAGAAUCUUCAUCUCGAAAGACUUCAACAUUUCAAAAAAUUAUUUCUAAAUUUAACAAUGAAGGAGGAGGAAAUGGAAUGGAUUGGAAUGAUUCACCUAGUAGUGCUGGUGGUAGUGGCAGUGCUGGUGGCAAUGGUAGUAAUAGUAGUUCUAAUAAUAAUAAUAACACUUCGUUGAGUCCCACCUUGAAUGCAAGCAAUAGUGGUGGUCUUGCCAAUCCACCUGAUAAUCCACUCUUAGAGACAGCUACAGAAAUUGCACGACAAUUAACCAUGAUUGAUAUGGAGCUAUUUAUGAGAAUUCAACCCAAAGAAUGUUUGAAUCAAUCUUGGUCGAAAGAAAAUCAAAAGAAAAUGGCACCUAAUAUAUUUGCCAUGAUUGAGAGAACCAAUAAUUUAGUGACCUAUGUUGCAUUUCAUAUUUUAAAACCUGAGACUGCUAAAGAACGAGCUAAAUAUAUUCAUACAUUUAUCAAAAUUGCUAAAGAGUUGAAAAAUUUGAAUAAUUUUAAUAGUUUGAAGGGUAUCAUUGCAGGACUCAACUCGAACAGCGUUUUUCGAUUGAAAAAGACAUGGGCUCUUGUUUCAGAAAGUAAGAAGGAACAAUUUAAAGAAUUGGCUAAAUUAGUGAGUCACGAAACAAACUACAAGAGAUUGAGAGAGGCCAUGAAAAAUGUUGAACCUCCCACCAUUCCAUAUAUUGGAGUCUAUUUGUCAGAUUUGACAUUUAUCGAUGAUGGAAAUGUGGAUCGCAAAGAUUCGAAAAUCAAUUUCUACAAACAACGUCAACUGGCCAAUAUCAUUAGAACGAUACAAAAAUUACAAAAGACACCCUAUUCGUUUCCAUUUCACAUUAUCAGAACCAAAUUGAACAAUAUUUAUUUCAGUAGCAUGUUUGAUGAUGGAAAAUUGUACGACAUGUCUUUGGAGAGAGAGCCAAGACAGUAG